AGACAUACAAUUCAUCCGAGGAGGACUCAGAAAAUGACAUCAAAAUCGUCACCAAAGAAGUAUACGACAACAACGCACAACCAUUCAUGAAUUGGACUGCGCGGGCAGGAAGCUUCAUUGAAGAGUCACGGGCUUUCAUCGAUCGCUACCUGGGCCGUGGCAAUACUGCAGAGGAAAGCAAAGACGACCCCGACGUGGUUGUGGUCGUUGAGGAGGAAGCCAUCGAAGGCGAAACGUCGGUAACGUCCGGCGAGGAGGUAUGGGGCACCCCGACAAGUGGAGGCGAAAACGACGACUUGCAUAUUUUUGGCAGCCUUGAACAAACACAUUCGUCACCGACCAAGUCCACGUCUUCCUACACCGGAGACGACGAUACCGAACUGAUGAUGGAUGAACUGCUGAUGGCACCACCGAUGACUGCCAGUGCCGUUCGUGGUCUAUUGCCCAGACGAAAGCUAGAACCAUUGUUUGAAGAGGAUAGCGAAAGUUGUGAAUCAGAUGAUGAUAGUAAACCACUGAGUGGACGGGACAAACAGGGGCAAGCUGUGGAAAGAAAUCGUCCGGAUUAUGUGGACUUAAGAGAUUCCACCGAAUCCGAGUCAGUAAGUACAACGCCGUCGUCGACUCCCCGGGCGGAAACGAGGGAGACGGUGAAGACUACCACGCCCGACGAAAACUAUGGGAGUGUUGCUGACAGAUGCUCUGUAUCUGUACUGCUCCCGAGCACCGGGAUACGCUCUGUAAACGGUACCGAUCGUUUCGGGGCGAUUUCCGGUGCUGCGCCGAUCCUCACGUUGCCUCCUCCGCCGUCUACCGACCCACCACCACCCCUAUACGGACUCAGUCCACGACUGGAGAUGCGGUUGGCACUCAAUCACGACAUUCUCGGCGACGAAGACCUAAUCAGCUACAGCCCUGGGCCGGAUCUGACUUCGAUUCUCGGGCAAGACCUCUCCACAUACCACAGGAUGAGUGGGAAGGACGUCAUCAUGAAUCGGAUCAUUUCGCGGGUCAACAGCUACAGCAGUAUUCCGGCAGCAGUGGCCAAACUGUCAACAAGCAGUCAGCAAAUUCAUCCCAGCACCAGCAGCUUCAUCAACCAAACUGUGAAAAACGGAACGAGCUCAUCAUAUCAACAAAACAAUUCAAAGAUGGAUACUCCUACGCCGAAUCGCAGAAAACCUCAAAGUCCAGUUACUUGGAACAGUUCUGGGUCUGUGGAUCGAGAAGAAAAGACUCUGUCGGACCUGGAACGGCUGGCGAGGCGCGAGAAAGUUUACUGCAUGACUCAGCUGAAUCAAAACGGCUCCCACUUGAAACAUACAGCUAGUUACAACCGGUCCAAAUCUUCCAAAUUAUUAAAAUUUCUGUCACGACGAAACUCGGAAAAUCACCUGCACAACUUUUUCGGAUCGUCGAAAGACAGCGGUGACGAUGUUCCUACUUCGCAUUCGGACUCAAGCCGGAUGAACUCGCCUCGGAAGGACAAUGACAAAUCAUUAGAUCGACGGUUUUGGAAACAACUCAGCAGAAGACGACGCGCCAGCUUGCAUGAGCUCACAGCUAGCGAAACAUAGAAACUAGAAGGACUAGAUUAGUUAAACAGCACGCAGCUGUCCCCCUAAUGCGUGCCAUAUUUCAUAAUGUUUGUCGAUGUGAAUCAACAACUCUUCGAAAUGUUUCGAUCUGCUAAAACUCGACUCAGCCGACCUACCUAACUCUAUCUAUAUAUCGUACUGUAAAUCGGAUUAGUUUGUUCUUAGAUAGCAUGAUAUGUAAAGUUGCUGCAAAAUUCUAUCCUCUUUGUCCCUCAAUGUCCGGAGUGUUGUAAUUCUUUGAAAUAAUGACGGAAAUUUCCAACGGAGACGGUGACAAACACACAGUUCUAAAUAGUAAUGGAAUGAAAAGGAACUCAAUAGAAUCGAAUCAGAGAGGAGAUUGUGUCUUUGGCAAGAUCUAUGUAUCGAUAAUCAACAAUGAAGUAACACGUUAGUGAAGUUCUGGUUUUUGGAUAGAAUCGUUAAAUACAAUAAUUAGAGUGUAGCACGGGAUAAAAAACACAAGCAAAGGCAAACAACAGAGGAACAUGCUGGGCGAUAGCAACAAUUAAGCGAAUCAAUUCGUGAUACUAGGGAAUAAUGCAUCUUUUAACUUUUACAUAGUAACGCCAGCAGUAAUUAAAAACCUAAUUGUAAAAUUUUGAAAAAUACCGUAGUCUAGGAGCAAAUCGUUUUAUGUGUACAUAUUUUUACGAUGAGUUUUAUGAACACAAUUUGUUACCAAUACUAGAAAAUCAAAAGAGGCGUUACGCUGAAGUGAAAACGAACUUGCAAUUGUUAACGCAUAGUGAUUAUAACUGAACAAUUGACGCUUCUGGAGCAAGUUAGCGAUACUUUGUAGAAAUUUGUCUGUGUUUAGUGGCAAACCAAUAGCGAAGUGGUGGGUGGUUUUCUUAGUUAAGUGUUUUGUGAAGGGUAGCUACUUCAGCAGAACAGGUCAAUUCGAAGCCAUACAGAAUGGAUCCCGUCCUUAAAAGUUUUUUAUCAACAUUCUGUAAACGGUUAUGUCUACACAACAGAGCCAAAGUAUCUCAGUUGCAUUCUUGACGUCCAAAAUGAUUUACAUAUUCCGUCGGUUCAUCUCGAUUUUUUUACAAGAAGAUAUUUUGAAACGGUUUAUAAACUUUUCAGUAACGUCGCGUUUUAAAAUUUUUAUCUUGUUACUAGAUAACUGAAACGCCAAAAACAGCAGCUUUACCAAACAGAAGGAUGAUUGCAGAACUUUCACGAAUGAAUCACGAAGAAGAGGAGAGCGUAGAUAAGAUUUACGAUUUUUUAACUUAACCCAAGUUUACAGUAAAAAUUCAUAAAAAAAUCAAAAUCUCAGCAAUUUUAAAAACUUCUACUACCAAUCGACUUGGCAUCAAUGAACUUAAAUAUUCAUGAUACGAUACGAACACAGUAAUUAGAUUAGCUAAACUUGAAUAAAAGUCUUCAUCAUUCCGCAGAUUUCAAGCAUCAACUAAGAUAUAAGAAGCAACAUAGUCGGAGUAUCCAGCACUAGUCAGACAUAGAUUUUUAAAGUGAAAAAAGACGUAUUUUGCCUUACGAAAUCGUUAUUCUACAUACUCAAACACUAACAGGAAUACACAACAAUAGUAACAGCAAUCGAAGAUAACAACCAUGUCGAAAGUUGACGGAAAAUAAAACCAAUUGAUUUCACUCUGAUUGGAGAAAAAA